UUUUUUUUUAUAUUAAAUAGAAAAAUAAUUAAACUAUAUCAAAAAUAAAAUGAAUAUUCUAGUAAGACAAUUAAUGACAUCUAAAUGUUUAUAUACAAUCUCAAUGGAUUCAACAUUAGAUGUUGCAUUAAAAUCUUUAAAUGCAAAUUCAAUUCAUCGUUUACCAGUUGUUGAUAAUGACGGUAAUCUUAAAGGUAUUGUAACAGAUAGAGACUUAAGAUUAGCAACCGAUAGUCCCUUUAUUCAAUUUGAAACUAAUGAGGAAAGAAUGGAAAAGUUAAAACAACAUAAAGUUUCCUCAAUUAUGAAACAAAAUCCAGUUACCAUAGAGGAUUAUUCACCAGUUGUAGAUGCUGCAAAAUUGAUGAGAGUUUCAAAUGUUGGUGGAUUACCAGUAGUAGAUAAAAAUGGUAAGUUAAUUGGAAUGGUAACUAGAUCUGAUUUAUUAGACUGUCUUAUCAAGAUUUUAGAACCAGUACCACCACAAAGUUAAAUAAAAUAAAUCGUACACUAUAAUAGUUGUAUGUUUUACAAAAUAAAAAAAGAAUUAUAUUUUUUAAUUUCAUUUUUUUUAUUUUUUUUAUUAUUGUACAUCUAUAUUUAAUGUUUAAAAAAAAAUAAUAAAAACAAAUAUAACUAUUAAAAU